CCCAGACUGAAAAUCCGGGGGCUGUGCUGCUCCCUGAAUUGUAGUCUUGAGAGGCAACCUCUGCAGCGGGCCGUGUGCAGUUGGUCCUAAGAGAUGUGGAAACCUUGUAUCAAGGGCGCACUGCGCGCCGCACAUCGAAAGGGGGUCGGGUUAAUAUUCCCGAACCGGGUUGUGGAGGUGGACGGUAACGUAAGCAGCUCCGGAGAUGCCGGCUGGGGCCUCUUGAGAGGCAACCUCUGCAGCGGGCCGUGUGCAGGUUCCCUGGAAGGGGACGCCGAAGAGGGUGACAGCCCCGUAGACCGCCGGACCCUGCUGCACGACGAGGUGUUGUCCAAGAGUUGGGUUGCUUGGGAAUGCAGCCCCAAUUGGGUGGGCAGGGAGAUCACCCUGCAAGCGUUACGCGCAUGGGUCCUGGAGAACCUGCGCACGGCCAUGUCCACUGAGGCUCUGCGGAGUAGGAGAGCCAAAGAUCACGGUCUGACGAAGUUGUGGGCCGUCAGGGUCUUCAGAGGAAACCUCUGCAGCGGGCAGUGUGCAGGUUCCCUGGAAGGGGACGCCGAAGAGGGUGACAGCCCCGUCGACCGCCGGACCCUGCUGCGCGACGAGGGGUUGUCCAAGAGUCGGGUUGCUUGGGAAUGCAGCCCCAAUUGGGUGGACGGUGGUCAUGGAAGUCGAAAUCCGCUAAGGAGUGUGCAACAACUCACCUGCCGAAUCAAUCAGCCCCGAAAAUGRAUGGCGCUGAAGCGCGCGACCUAUGCUUGGCCGUCGCGGCGAUUCUGACGCCGCGACGAGUGGGAGGGCGCGGGGCCUGCUGCGAAGCCUGGAGCAUGAGCCUAGGUGAAGCGGGUCCCGGUGCAGAUCUUGGUGGUAGUAGCAAAUAUUCAAAUGAGAACUUUGAAGACCGAAGUGGAGAAGGGUUCCAUGUGAACAGCGCUUGGACAUGGGUCAGUCGGCCCUAAGAGAUGUGGAAACCUUGUAUCAAGGGCGCACUGCGCGCCGCACAUCGAAAGGGGGUCGGGUUAAUAUUCCCGAACCGGGUUGUGGAGGUGCACGGUAACGUAAGCAGCUCCG